AUGUAUGCGGAACUUGGGAGCAAAGGCGGGGACAAUAAGUUGUACAGGUUAGCCAAAGUGAGAGAGAGGAAGGCUCGUGACUUGGACUACGUGAAGUGCAUCAAAGACGAGGACGACAUACUAUUGAUGGAAGACACCCAUAUUAGACGAAGAUUACAGACAUACUUCCACAGACUGUUGAACGAGGAGGGGGACAGAAGCAUUGUGCUGGGUGAUUUGGAGCACUCUGAGAGUUUGUGCGAUUUUGGCUAUUGUAGGCGUAUUAAGGUCGAAGAGGUUAUGGGAGUGAUGCAUAAGAUGAGCAGCGGAAGAGUGACUGGGCCAGACGAGAUCCCCGUAGAUUUCUGGAAGAGUGCGGACUGUGCAGGCGUGGAGUGGCUUACUGGGGUAUCUCAAGCUGAUGAGUCAUACUAUGAAAAUUUGGGAGAGGGUGGUGGAAGUCAGGGUGAGGAAGAGUGUGUCUAUUUCCAAGAAUCAGUUUGGAUUCAUGCUAGGGUGAUCGACUAUGGAAGCCAUUCAUCUGGUGAGGAGACUGGUAUAGUAGUAUAUGGAGAGAAAGAAGGACCUACACAUGGGAUCGACUCUUACCCGUUCUUAUUUGCUCUGGCGAUGGAUGCGCUGAAGCGGUAUAUUCAAGGGAAGGUGCCAUGGUGCAUGUUAUUUGCCGAUGACAUAGUGCUGAAUGAUGAGACGAGGAGCGGGGUCAAUGCGAGAGUCCCUCGUGUUCGCCAAGUGUUUCUGUUGACUACCUCGAAACCCUUCAUCGCGUUCACGAUUAUCCUCCCGCGUUCGCGCAGGCCUCGUUUCUUGUUCUUCGCGUUCACACUCUUUCCCUCGCGUUUGCGAAGGGUUCUUUCUGGACAGCCUCACUUUCCUCUUCGCGUUCGUGAGCCUUCUGCCGCGUUUGCAAAGCACAACUUGGCAGCUUCCACUCUUCUUCUUCGUGAACGCGAUCCUUUCUCCGCGUCCGCGAUGCACAAAGGCCUGGGCAGAAUAUAUAUCUUCUAA